UUCACUCUCUUGGCAUUGAUCGAGUAUCGAAUAUCACGUCUCAGUUCUUAUUGGAGGGGGCUGCGUAUUUAUAUAUCCUGGUAAACUUAAGGAUUGCCCUGUAAAAGAUAUCUUCGGAUCUGCAGUAUGACAACAGUGUCUUCAAACUUAACGUUCACAACACCUGUAUUUAACGAGACUUUACGAGAACAACCAUUGCCAACUGAAGUUGUCGUAUUAUUGAGUUUCGUAUGGAGUCUUAUUAUAGUGAUAGGAGCCAUAGGGAAUGGCCUUGUAAUUUAUAUAAUGUUACGUUAUGGCGAACGUUCUGUGACAAAUGUUUACAUAGUUAAUCUGGCAUUCGCUGAUUUAAUGUUUAUUUUAUUUGUUGUGCCAGCAACUUUGAUACAUAUAGUGAUUCCAACUUGGAUUUUGGGAAAUAUCAUCUGCAAGUUUUCUAACUAUAUGAUAUAUGUUACUCUACAUGCCACGUGUUUAACUUUGUCAGCCAUGACAGUGGACCGAUAUCAUGCCAUUGUUAAUCCUAUAGAUUCCAUGAACUGGCGGUCAACAAAGACGGCUUCGGCCAUCAGUCUAGCAGUAUGGGCAGUAUCACUAUCAAUAUGCUGUCCAUACUUGAUCUACACUAAAGUAACAGAAGUUGGAAACUUUGAUGACAUAGAUUGCAUUCCACAAUGGCCGUCAUUAGAAUUUGAUAAAGCCGUAACAUUAGUUGUCGUCUUGACAACAUUUGUGUUGCCGCUUACAGCCAUUAUAAUCUGUUAUGCUUGUAUUUUGUUUCAUUUAUGGAGUGGAGCAAACAGAAAAAACAACCGACUUGAGAGAGAAAACAGUGCUCUUUCAGUUAAAAAUGACAAGGCAGAAAGACAAGUUCGGAGAAAAAGACGAGUUACCCGAAUGGUAGCAAUUGUUGUCUUUCUGUUUGCUAUAUGUUGGUUACCUAUUCACAUACUUGCCAUUUGUAUAAAGUUUGACCCGAAAUUUCCGAAAACAGACUCAAUGCACUAUUUUAAACUAUUUGCUCACACACUAUCUUACGCCAACUCCUGUGUUAACCCAUUUGUGUAUGCUUUUAUAAAUGAAGGAUUUAGAAAAGCUAUUAUACGACGAUCACCUAAAUUAUAUCAAUUGUGUAGUUGUUUAUUGAGAUCACCGAUUGCGCAGGAAACGGAUACAAGUAUGGUAGAUAAAGCCGUAGAAGCCAAACCCGGAAUGUACGUGCAUUCAGAAUGUAGUACAGCAACACAGACAACAGCGUGUAUAUUUCAUUAAUCAUAUAGUCUGAACAUUUAAAAGGAUGAGGAGGAAUUACGUCAAUUUAUAUGAACAUUCAUAACUCAUAUUUCUCACUUUUACGAGACACAGAAAUUAUGAUAUUUUAACCAAUGUUUAAAUAAGGAGAUAUCAAAAUUUCUUUGAGGGCAUUCUGUUCUCAAAUUAAGACGACCAUGACGCCUUUAGAAAAUGACAACAGCAUAUCAAAAUUUAAAAGGCACUAAGAUGGAGAAAAAAAAUAGUGAUGUUGUUUUGCUUCAAAAAUUAACAACAACAAACUCAUUGUUAAACUUAUGUAAGUUUUCUUCUCAUAUCAUUUUCAUUAAAAGUAAGUAUGUAUAACGCAAUGGUGUAUCCCCCUACUCAAAAUAUGAUUCUUUAGAAUUAAAAAUAGAGUAGGAAGAAUAAUCUUUUAUCAAUGAAGGCAUUGUCAGUAAAGUUUCAUUAUUGUAUUGCAUCGGUACUUUUCAAAACUCGGAGCAAAUAAGUUCGAGCCAUUAAAUUAUUUGUUUUAAUUGUGUUUUAAAUGUUUUGUUACGAAUGUGGAUUAGCAAUACUCAGGAAAAAGCUUGAUAUAUAUGGCCAAUCCAUACAGUGAUUUAGCUGUUUCAUAUAAUUGUAUUCACAUGUGAUGGCUACUAAACUAGUCAAUAUUUAUUUUAGAUGUUUACUAUAAUUUGUAUAAAAUGUGGUUUAACAUUCAAAACUUCGGUAUCAACGUGAACAAACAAGAAAAAAUAUUUGCAACGACCAUGUUUGUAACAAAACAAUGACCCACAUUUGUCUUGUCUUUUGAAUGAAUGUUGAUGGUGGUGUUUAACGACCUUCAUUAGCUAUACGGUCAUAUGACUGAAAUAGUUAAUUUGUAAUUUAUAUACUUUUUUUGGCUUUAUGUAGAAAAAUAAAACUUUUUAUAAACUGAAUAUUGAUGUGAAAAUAAGUCGGACAUUACAUAUCUGAAGACGAAAAAAAAAUGUGCUUACGAAGUCCAGAAAUACUGUAAUACCAGUCCGAAUUAUAUUAGAUAACCAAAAUAGGAACACUAGAUGUUAGACAUAGACAUUUCUCUUUAUAUUUGUAUUUUAUUUCAAAGCUAAUUAAAUCAAAUUUCAAAUC